CGGGCCUUGCCCCUUUACAUCGUCCUGCGAACUCCUGAACGCACCUUGCCCGCGGAGGAAGCUCAGAUCACUCACAGCCAUGAGGAACACACUGCUGAGGAUGGUGGCCGCCAUGAUGUGCGUGCUGGCCGCAUGCGCCGAUGUCAUGCCCGUGAAAGACUUCAGCGUGGAGAAGAUGGCAGGCAAGUGGUACAUGGUUGGCUUUGCCACCAACGCCGUGUGGUUUGUGAAUCACAAGGCAGGGAUGAAGAUGGGCACUGCUGUGUUGAAGCCAACCGAGGGAGGAGACCUGGACCUGUCCUAUGCCAACCUGAACGCUGAUGGAACAUGCUGGAGAAUGACUCACCUGGCGAGGAAAACCGAAACUCCUGGACGCUUCACCUUCCACAGCCAGGUGUGGAACAAUGACAACGACAUGCGCAUUGUCGAAGUUGUGUACGACGACUACGCUCUGGUCCACACCAUCAAGACAAAGAACGGAGUGUCUGAGGUCCUCAACAAGCUUUACAGUCGCACCCCCGAGUCCAGCGCAGUCCUGCAGCAGAGGUUCACUCAGUUCUCUCUGGACACGGGAAUCCUCGCUGAUAACAUUGCCAUCCUGCCAAAGAACGCUGAGUGUCCCGAGGUCUGAGGAGAGGACCCCACCCCCACCCCCAACACACACCCGCUGCUCUUCACCUCUCGGUCUUCCUGGGCUUUUAUCUCGGGAGUCUUGCGGACGUCUGCAGUGUCGCAAAGCUACACGUGGGACAAUGAAACGCAAAGCAUUUCUCCUCUAAUCCUCGCCGCACGCCAAAGACCAACCCUGGUCCUAGGCCAGACCUCAUUCUCUCCGAUUUGCGCGUUAACUGUGGCAUUAGUGUGGAACAAUAAAGGGCUGAUUGUGGGACAAAAGGGGAAGGGAUAUUGUGAGACUGUGAAAGCUGCCAGUGCCUUUUUCUAACUGCUGAAUUCAUUUGUAGUGUGUUGUCUUUUGUUAAAGUGAAGUCGAAGCCAAUAAAGUUAUUAAAUCAA